AUGCGAAAAAAAAGACGGACAUUUAAAAAGUCCAUUGAUGAUCUGUCCAAUGAAAUCUCUCGUUGCUUGAUCAAAAGACCAUCUCUUAUUCUGAAUGAUGAGAUAUUAGAUUUCAACAGGAACAUCUACCAGUCUAUACAAUUAAACACAACUUCAUCUGACGAAUUUGAGCUAUCAGACUUUGAAGAUGACGAAGACACCAACGAAAGCGUAUACACAUGUCAAGAACAAUAUCUUCGAUCGUGCGAGAAAUAUCACGUGGUUCCGGUAUCAAGAUUUUAUAGACAGUUAGAAGGAAAUUCUGUGAUUCUUAAAAACCACCAAUUCAACAAGGGUGAAUUUAAAGCUUGUGCAGUUGCUUUGAUGUGUAACGGGACAGUGACCCAACUUGACAUUGAAGGCGGCCAAAUUGGAGCCGUCGGAAUGUCGCAUCUGUCUGAUCUGAUAUACCAUACUGAUUUAUUAGUAGAACUAAACCUUACAAAGAAUGACAUCGGUAGAAAAGGAUUGAUAUUGCUCGAAGAAGCCAUGGAUAAAAAUCUAAAGCUAAAAGAACUUAAUUUAUCAGAUAACAAUAUUAAUGGCGAUGAUUGUGAUAUAAUUAGACAGAUAAUGGAGGGCGACAAUAUGUUACAGUCAUUGAAUCUAAGUCACAACAUAAUUUGCAACAUAGGCGGACAACAUAUUGCAAGAGGACUAGUGAAAAACGACGGGUUAAAAUCUCUGAAUCUAAGCUGGAACAGAAUAACAGGAAAUGGAGCAGCUGCAAUUGGCUAUGCUUUGGCUAAAAACAGUGACCUCGAAGUUCUGAAUGUAUCCUGGAAUGGUUUUGAACAUGGCGGUGCACACGCUUUAGCUCAUGGCUUAAGUCAAAAUACGUGUUUGAAGGAAUUGGACGUUUGUUCAAAUAGAAUUGGCCAAUCAGGAGUAGCAAAAUUGAUGAAAGGUGUAAAUGAAAACACGACCCUCGAAGCUCUAACGAUCGCAGACAACUCUAUUAGAACAUCAGACACAUUCAUGGUCUUGUUGACAAUAGAAAAGCACGAACAGUUAUCUUACUUGGAUUUUGGCAAUCAACCAGUCACAGAUGAGUUUGAACAGAAAGUCUCAGAAAUCGGAAAAGAGAAAAAACUAGUGGUCAAAUACGGCAAAAUUAUCCGUAACCCAAAUCCCAGAAAAAAAGAUGGGGAUGACAGAAUGUAUAUCAGCGGCGAUCCACUACUGGUUCUUCUGGAAUUCACCAGGAUGAAGAAAAUACAUAUAUUGGACAUGUUCCGAGCAUUCGAUACAGACGGAAGCCAUUCUAUAUCAUGGGAGGAAUUCGGACAGGGAAUAGAGCACAACAAGUUACCAAUUAGACCAUCCGACAUAGACAAGAUAAUACAGAGUAUUGAUAUAAAUAUGGAUGGACAAGUGGAUUUCAGUGAGUUGGUUAUUGCCCAUAAAGAACAUACAAAGAAAUUUGAGAAAUUUACGGCCAGAGGAGAGGAUGUAUUCCAGAGGAGUGAAAUUGGAAUUAUAAACGAACGGCUAAGGAAGUGGUUUGCAGAUUCCUUGUUGACUGAGGCUGUUUCUUAAAAACUUUAGAUUACAAACGGGAAUACAUGAAAUAUUCUUACAUGUUCAUCAAAAGCAGAUACAAUCAAAUUUUUAAAGGAUCAGAUUCAUAUUUCACUAUACAUUUAUUCUUACAAAGACAAUGGUGCUAUUGCAUUCGUAUUUGAUAAAUAUCAUGAAACUAUUUAUUAUAUCUC